AUGGAGGACCUCUUAAUGGAUGAUGACACGACCCCUGCCAAUUCAAACCGCCCCUUUGGAUAUUUCGCCGGGUUUACUUCUCCUGCUGCUGCAGACCACCAGCCAGAGGAAAGCGAGCACAGCAUGGACGACUCAGGGCCCUCAACGCCUACCCAUGACAUAGAUCCGCUAGAGGACAGUGACGAUAUUCGCGUUAUCAAGCCCUACGAUAUUGAAGAGCCCGACGAUGAGCUAGAAGCUAGCGUGCCAAGGGUAGAUCUACUAUGUCUCCCAGAUCGGCUCGAGCGAUGGGGGCGCGACUUGACAGACUACCUGGACGAUAUAGACUAUCAACCCGGUGGAUUUGAUAGCAAUGCAAUUCUACUGCUGCGAAAGAGAGGGCAGAAGAGAAAACCAGCCCGCAACACUGUCGCUACACAGCACGGGGAUCCGCACUUCGCACAAAGACAUACAUCACCCGAGACCCAGUAUGAAGUGCAUGACCAUUGCCCCAAAAGACGAAGGUUUAGCGAACUUCCAAAGUGGCAUUCUCAAGACAUAGACUCAUUUGGCGCUUUCCGGGAAGGCAACGCGAAUGAAAGCUCGGGCUCCGAGACAGCAUCGAUCGACCCGGGCAACGACACCAUGGACGACUCGCUUAUGACCGAUGAGAUGGAUAUUGACUGA